CCUGUCAGAACACUGAAGGUUCCCGCCCUCUCGUCUCACCUGCUGUCCUAUAAGACCAGGCUGCACUGGGCUCGUCUUCUCCUGACUGGAGACAUGAAGGUGAUGGCUUCUCCGCUGCUGCUGCUGCUGCUCACCGCCUGUGUGGUCAGCGGUUCGCCGCUGACCAAAGCUAUGUGGCAGUUCGGGAACAUGAUCCAGUGUGCUCAGCCUGGUGUUAACCCCUUAAAGUACAACGAAUACGGCUGCUUUUGCGGUUUGGGCGGGGGGGGGACCCCUCUGGAUGCAGUGGACAAGUGCUGUAAAGCUCAUGACCAAUGUUACGAGGACAGCAGAAAGAUUUCUGGAUGUUCGUCUAUUGCUGAUCUUCCUUACGUUCUGGUUUAUAACUUCACCUGUUCCAAUAAGCAGGUGACCUGCUCAGCGUCCAACGACAAAUGCCAGGCCGCCGUGUGCGCCUGCGAUCGGGUGGCGGCUCACUGCUUCGCUCGGUACCCGUACAACCCUGACUACAAGAACCUGGAUCACAAAGUCCACUGUGUCUAAUGAGGGACACACGGGCCGUGUUUGAUCUUCAACAUACUCAAAGUUUAAUUUCUUUAUAAUUUUCAAACAAAACCUGAUUUAGAAGAAGUUUGAUUCUGUAAAAAAAGGCAUCAUGGGAAUAAAAAACGGUCACAAGGUG